AUAAAUACCAUCCAAAUCAACAUCGAUUUUCGCAACUUUCUUUAUCUUUUACCCCACCUUCGAGUCAGUCCAAAUUUCAUCUUUCUCUUCUCAACAACAAUGGCCGCCGUCGCUCUCGUUGGCCCACCUGAGAUCUAUUCACUCAAAUCAAACCCUAACCCUACCACCACCACCACCGCUCAAACCACUGAAACCACCGUCACCACCACCACAACCACUAACGAUGUCUUCCUCGAUCAAAUGGUCGCCAACUUCAAUUCUCUUGGUAGAAACCGAAACCCACCGAUGGGGUUGACAGAGAACAUGUCACCAACGUUUCUCUCCACCGGUAACCCUUGCCUCGAUUUCUUCUUCCAUGUUGUUCCUGAUACUCCUUCUGAAACACUCGUUGAGAGACUCAAACUUGCUUGGUCCCAAAACCCUCUCACCGCCCUCAAACUCGUCUGUAACCUCCGUGGCGUCCGCGGUACCGGAAAGUCCAACAAAGAAGGCUUCUACGCCGCCGCUCUCUGGUUUCAUGAAAAUCACCCUAAAACCCUAGCUACCAAUGUUCCUUCUCUCGCUGACUUUGGCUACUUCAAAGAUCUCCCUGAGAUCCUCUACCGUCUUCUCGAAGGUUCUGAAGUUCGCAAAACACAGAAAGAAGAGUGGAGGGAAAGGAAAUCUGGAUCCAAAAGGAAAUCUUCAUCAGGAUCAACCCCUUUUUUAAGGAGAGGAAUGAAGAAAAAACAACGACACCACCACAACAACAAGAACAACAACAAGGAUAACAAAGGGUGGAAGGGUACUGAGAAAGACUCCAUCGUGACUGAAGAGGUGGCAGCGAGAGCUAAGGUUGAGAAAGAAGGUGCUCACGUUUUGAAGGAAGAGAAGAGGAUUGCAUUAGCUAAGAAGCUUGUUGAUCGUUAUACUACCGAUCCCAAUUUUAAGUUUCUUCACGAUUGUAUCUCUGAUCAUUUCGCUGAUUGUUUGAAGAAGGAUCUCGAGUUUUUGAAAUCCGGGUCGCCCAAUAAAAUCAGUCUUGCUGCUAAAUGGUGCCCUUCUGUUGACUCUUCCUUUGAUCGGUCAACUCUUCUGUGUGAGACCAUUGCCAAGAAGAUCUUCCCUAGGGAGGAGUAUGAAGGUGUGGAGGAGGCACAUUAUGCUUAUAGGGUUCGUGAUCGGUUGAGGAAAGAUGUGUUGGUGCCGUUGAGGAAGGUGUUGGAGUUGCCUGAGGUGUUUAUUGGUGCUAAUCAAUGGGGUUUGAUUCCAUACAAUAGGGUUGCUUCUGUGGCGAUGAAGUUUUAUAAGGAGAAGUUUUUGAAGCAUGAUAAGGAGAGGUUUGAGAAGUACUUGGAGGAUGUGAAGGCAGGGAAGACUACUAUUGCUGCUGGUGCUUUGCUUCCUCACGAGAUUAUAGAGUCUUUGGAUGAUGAAGAUGGUGGAGAAGUGGCUGAGUUGCAGUGGAAGAGAAUUGUUGAUGAUUUGCUCAAGAAGGGAAAAAUGAGGAAUUGUCUUGCUGUGUGUGAUGUGUCUGGGAGUAUGCAUGGGACCCCUAUGGAGGUGUGUGUGGCAUUGGGGUUGUUGGUGUCUGAAUUGAACGAGGAACCAUGGAAAGGGAAGGUUAUUACUUUCAGCAGGGAGCCUCAGCUUCAUGUGAUUAAGGGGGAUAAUCUCAAGUCCAAGACACAGUUUGUGAGGAACAUGGAUUGGGGGAUGAACACUGAUUUUCAGAAGGUGUUUGAUCGCAUAUUGGAUGUAGCUGUUAAUGGGAAUCUCAAAGAGGAUCAGAUGAUUAAGAGGAUCUUUGUCUUCAGUGACAUGGAAUUUGAUCAAGCAUCUGCAAACUCUUGGGAGACCGAUUAUCAAGCUAUUACUAGGAAGUAUAGAGAAAAAGGGUAUGGUUCUGCUGUGCCUCAGAUAGUUUUUUGGAAUCUGAGAGACUCGAAGGCCACCCCGGUGCCAUCCACUCAGAAAGGAGUGGCGCUGGUAAGUGGGUUUUCGAAGAAUCUGCUGACAUUGUUCUUCGAUAACGAUGGUGAUAUAAGCCCUGUAGAAGCCAUGGAAGCUGCCAUCGCUGGCCCCGAGUAUCAGAAACUAGUUGUGCUGGAUUGAUUUUCUUCUGUAAUUUUUAGUGUUUUAUUCAGUGCAACAUUAGUAAGUUGAUAAAAAGGAAAUAGGCGAGUCUGUUUAUAAACUACUGCUUGAUUAGAUUGUUGGAAACAAAUUUCUGAUAUGCCUGUAGUUGUUCUUCAGUUGAAAUGGCAGUGUGUUUUUAAUGCAAAUUGGUUACCUCUUUCAUUUGUGUUA